CAAGUCAUCGGAGUAGCAGGGAGUAGGGAAGUUACACGUCAGUGAUUAGUAGUACAGUUUUGAAACCUUUGGAAAGAAGGAAUAGCAAAAAUGUCAGAUGUCGGUGACUGGUUUAAUUCUUUGCCGAUUUUCACAAGAUAUUGGUUGCUCUUGACUGGUUGCCUCUCAUUAAUUGGCAGGUUCGGUCUAGUGAAUCCAUAUACCUUGGUGUUGAUGUAUGAUCCAUUCGUGCACAAUUUUGAAAUUUGGAGAGCAAUCACCAGUGUUUUCUAUUAUCCUCUGAGCCCAGCGACCGGGUUUCAUUUUAUGAUUAAUUGCUAUUUUUUGUACAAUUAUUCUUUGAGACUAGAGCGAGGAGAAUACGAUGGUAGACCAGCUGACUAUCUGUUCAUGUUGCUCUUUAACUGGGUUUGCUGUGUUGUCGCGGGUCUCAUAGGCGAUUUUCCUCUGUUGAUGGAUCCUAUGGUUCUGAGUGUCCUCUACAUUUGGUGCCAGUUGAAUAAAGAUGUCAUCGUUAACUUCUGGUUUGGAACUCAAUUUAAAGCGAUGUACCUGCCUUGGGUACUGUUUGGAUUCAACCUGAUCAUAUCUGGAGGUGGAAUGCUAGAACUAGUCGGUAUUCUCGUUGGUCACCUGUACUUCUUCUUCAAAUUCAAGUAUCCCCAGGAAUUCGGUGGACCAGAUCUUCUAAGCACUCCUAAGUUUCUGGAAAACUACUUCCCGCCGCAAAGAGGAGGCAUCAGAGGAUUCGGCACUGCGCCCUCACAACGAAAUCCAGGACCCCAGGCACAGCCACAAGCUAGGAAUAUGUUCGGUCACAAUUGGGGACGAGGUCAAGUCUUGGGACAAUAAUUGUGCAUAUAAAAUUAAGUAAUAACUGUGUAUAUUUUAUCAUCCCGAGAGUGUCACGAGAACGAUUUCAUUUCCAAUUGUUUACGCAAAUAUUUAAUGCGAAAUUGAUCUCAGAGAUGCUCAACAUCCGAUGCGAUCUCAUUAUUACAUGCAGUUAGACAACUGCGUAAAAUCCACACGAUCACUUCGGACCAAAGAUAUGUCGGGACUCAGCAAUUGCUACCACUACCGUCGCCAGAAAAGUCUAUUAAAAAAUCGUAUAAAUAUUUUCUGAAAAGAAUUGAUAACACACAAAGAUCGCCUAACUAUAAGAAAACAAACUUUACAGGAGAGUGAAGAAACAUUUACAUUUUUUAAAUGUUGUAAUAAAAAUUGGUUAAAUCCAAUGAGAUAGA